UAUGGCUUCAUCAGACAAGAAUAGGUCUCAGUUUAUAUGAUGUGGCAGGACAGGGCUACCUCAGAGAAUCAGAUUUAGAAAACUAUAUUUUGGAACUCAUUCCUACUUUGCCACAACUGGAUGGUUUAGAAAAAUCUUUUUACUCCUUCUAUGUCUGCACAGCGGUUAGAAAGUUCUUCUUCUUUCUGGAUCCUCUCAGAACAGGGAAGAUAAAGAUACAGGAUAUUUUAGCUUGCAGCUUCCUGGAUGACUUACUGGAGUUAAGGGAUGAAGAACUUUCUAAAGAAAGUCAAGAAACAAAUUGGUUUUCUGCUCCUUCUGCAUUAAGAGUUUAUGGCCAGUACUUAAACCUUGAUAAAGAUCACAAUGGCAUGCUCAGCAAGGAAGAACUGUCCCGGUAUGGAACAGGGACUCUGACCAACAUAUUUUUGGAUCGUGUCUUUCAGGAAUGCUUAACAUAUGAUGGUGAAAUGGACUAUAAAACCUACCUGGACUUUGUGCUUGCAUUAGAAAACAGAAAGGAGCCUGCAGCUCUGCAAUAUAUUUUCAAACUGCUUGAUAUAGAGAACAAAGGAUACCUGAAUGUCUUUUCGCUUAAUUAUUUCUUUAGGGCUAUUCAGGAACAAAUGAAAAUCCAUGGACAGGAACCAGUUUCUUUUCAGGAUGUCAAGGAUGAAAUCUUUGAUAUGGUGAAGCCUAAGGAUCCUUACAAAAUCUCCCUUCAAGACUUAAUCAAUAGCAGUCAAGGAGACACUGUUACCAGCAUUCUAAUUGAUCUGAAUGGGUUCUGGACAUACGAGAACAGAGAGGUCCUUGUGGCAAGUGAUAAUGACAACACUGCUGAUGUUGAUGAUACGUGACUUUUGAACAGGAGCAGACUGUAUCCCUAGAGAUAUCUCGAUCUGAUGCACCGACUGCUGGAAGCUGGAAACAAUCAUUAUCUGAAUCAAUGCCUCUUCCAUUUUACUUCCCUCCCCUUCCCCCUGUGCUCCCCCAUACAAUAUAAAAUGUGGUACAUACAGGAAUCACAGAACUAAUUUCUGAAACCAAAAAAGCAAGUGUUGUUUAAGAGGUAAUUUUUUUUUUUUAAUAAAUAUUUUUGAACUUUU